CAAAGCCGCAAAAUGUAGACAAUGCUUUAUAAAAUCUAGAUAAACAACAACGUUCUAAAAGAAAACACACGAUAUUGGCCGGCAGACAUAACACGGGUAGAGAGGUAGAAGGUUGCCUGCAUUGCGGAUAUUAUACAACGGUGAAAUAUAUAAUUUUUUAAGGAAAUUAUUUGUUUAGGUAUAGAUGAUAAUGUAUACAAUGUAUACAAUUUUAUAGUACGAUUGAAGGGAUUAGUCUGUAUCCCGCCUUGUAUUCAGACCCUCCCCUUUGGCACUGGGGAUUGGCCAUAGAAGGAAACUUCGCCUCGGAUCUUCUGUAUCUGUAGCUCUCAGGAGCUCCACACGAACACACGCUGUGAGCAGAGGAAUGAUAUUUACACUCUUAAACCAGGCUGUCCUUUCAAAAAAUGGCUUCUAUAUGACGGUUAAUAGCGGCGAUAAGUUUAUUAAUAUUAUCUUAUUAUUUUAUUUUGUUUACAAAUAGCUGUAACUUUGCGUAAAAAAAGAGAAAUCAGACUCCGCUGUGCAUUUCGGUAUCAGCGCCAGUGGUGAAGCGUCUCCUGCUUUAAGGAGAGCAGGAGAAACCAGUGGCACCGUGUCAUCACAAAUACACACAGGUUUUCUUCUCCGCAUCCGCAGAGGAGAAAGCGUGCCCCCACACACGGGCGACUGAUGAAGAGCAUGGAGAUGCUCCGUCGCUCCUCAUUUUUCGCAGCAGAAGUCAUGGAUGUGUUCGAUCGCUCCCCUACAGACAAAGAACUCGUGUCCCAGGCAAAAAUGUUGUGCAGGGACUACAUUCACUCAAGACUUAACCGGGCUGGACUUGGUUUUAACAAACCUGAUCUUGGAUCUACAGGAGGAACCCUCGCAGAAGUGUCCUCUGUUCUUCAAUGGUUAGGUGAUGAGCUUGAAUACUUGCGACCCAACGUGUACCGCAAUGUGGCAAAACAGCUGAAUAUCACCGUGGGUUCAGAAGGUAUUGUUUCAGAUGCAUUUCUGGCUGUAGCUGCAGAAAUCUUCUCCACAGGGGUGACGUGGGGUAAGGUGGUCUCUUUGUAUGCAGUAGCUGGCGCAUUGGCAGUGGACUGUGUUCGGCAUGGCUACCCAGCCAUGGUACACACUAUUGUAGACUGCAUGGGCGAGUUUGUUCGCAAAAGCCUGGUGCCCUGGUUAAAGAGGAGAGGCGGUUGGACUGACAUUACAAAGUGCGUAGUGAACACAGAUCCCAGCUUCCAUACUCACUGGCUGGUGGCGGCAGCCUGUACGUGUGCACACUACCUAAAGGCCAUUGUCUUCUACCUCCUGAGGGAGAAGUAACUGCCUGACAGAGGGAUGAUGAACAUGGAGCCUCCCUUUUUGUUUUUUUUUUGUUUUUUUGUGGAGAGCACUGCCAUUUCACCGCUUAUGACCUGUUACUGCUCUUGGUGUGUUUACACAUGCAGUAUAGUUGCACUGUGCCUUGCACUGUGCCUUCAAUGGACAUUUGUGUCUGCUGAGCUGCUCUUGGAUGUCUUCGUGGAUUGUCUUCAAGGUGCUGUAAGGAUUUCCAAUGGAUUGAUCUAUAUUAGUGACGAUACCUAGAGGGCGCUUAUGUCCCGGGGCAACUAUAGUUAGAACACAAACUGUAGAUUAUUUCCCCAGAAACAGGAAGAGUGUGAGUCAGCAGUGUGUUUCAUUAAAGCCAUACUGUCUAACCCUCAUCUGCACUAUCACAUAGUGUCUCUUAUUAGUUUAUCCAUGUUCUUAGUGGACUGCACUGUUUUAUUUGUAAUACACUCAUUUUGAUAGCGACACCUUGAAAUACAUCUAGUGUUAUUAAUUGUCUUGGUCAAGAUAGAAAACCUGGUGUGUUUAUUUCACUCAGCUGAACAGAAUUGUUGAGUUAUGCUGACCAGAGCAACUUUUUAUGAGAAAUGUUUGUAUGUGUGUGUGAAAGAGAGAGCGAAUGAGAGAAAAGUAAGAGAGAUUAAAAAGCAUGAAAGAAGUAAACAGA